CCGGAGGAGCUGCACAGGGAGCUGCUGUGCCACCUGUGCAACGAGGCGCUGGACCGUGAGCCGCUGCGGGCGCUCCUGGCCGCGCGCAUGGAGAAUGCCGAGGGCGUAAAGAAAGUAAUGCGCGAGGCCGCCGCCGGCGACAAGGGCAAGAUGAAGGGUCUCAUUGAGGCGGAGAAGGAGCAGCGCAAGAGGAAGCGGGCGGAGGGCAAGCACAAGAGCUUUGUGGAGGAGGAGGACAAGCCCAAGCUGGAGGACCUGGAGGCCGACUACGCCGCCACCGAAAACGGCGACUCAGGCCUCGGCGACAGACGGAUGUCAAGGGCACGGUCAGGCAGCGAGGCGUUGGCGGAGGAGAGCGGUGGCGAUGUGGGGGACCCGGGGGAGAUGCAGUGGGAGGCGGGGGACCAGCGGCGCAAGGGCAAGGGCAGCGACAAACGCUCCAAGGCCGACGCCGACCGAGCACACGCCCGCGAGCUCGCCGAGGCAGAGGAGGCUGUUGCCAGGCGACAGGAGGAGUUUGAGCGGGAGCUGGAGCGGUGCAGCGUUCGGCGUGCGCCCCUGGGCUGGGACCGCGCGCACCGGCGCUACUGGUGGGGCCUGGCGGGCGAGCGUGCCUGCAUCUACACCGAGGACGGAGAGGGCCGCAUCGGCCGCAUGACCGCGCCCGACCAGCUGGCAGCGCUCAUGGCCGUCCUUGACACGCGCGGCUGCCGCGAGGCCGGCCUCCUUGCCUCCUGCGAAAAGGCGUACAAUGCCAUAGCGCUUGGCAUGAAGCGAGCAGCGUCGGCGUCGGGCGGCCGCAGCGGCACAGAGAACGGCGAUGUGGUUGCUCCGCCGCGUCCGCAGGCCCUUCGCAGCAGCAAGCGCGACCGCGGGCAGCCGGAGCACUACGACCCAUCCCAAGACGGCCGCAGCGUCCAGCUCUCCGCUUCACAGCAGCGCCCUGCGUCGCUGCCGGGCGUGGAGGGGCUGGCGAUAGCGACGAGCGUGCAGUUCAUGCUGGACCUGCAGCGCAAUGCCUUUGACAACGAGAUCGAGCCGGGCCCGUCCUGCACGGGCGGCUGGAAGCCCUGGCUGCAGGCCGUCAAAGCCGCCGGCCAGGGCCACCUGCCCCCUGGCACACCUGCAGGCCAGGGCGACUUGGUGUCGCAGCUGCGUGAGGCGAUGAAGGGGCGGCUGAUCC